GCGAUUCAAAAGUUCCCCUGCUCUCUCGGAUUCAUUUUCACCUCAACCAUUUCUGUCUCACCGGACCACAUUGACGCGAGACUCUGACGACGCAACGACGCAAAAUGCAGUUGAACGGCAGCAAAGCACCUGGGAAUUUCUCAGAGAAGGACCAGGGCAAAAAGAAACCAUUUGCCAAGCUGAGAGCAGCAUGGGGUGACAACAAUCUCAGCCCGAGAAUGCUCAAGUUCAAGAAUCACUUCAUCGCCAUGGUCGGUGAAUACGUCGGUACCGUUCUGUUCAUGAUCUUUGCCCUCGGUGGCACCAAUGUGGCAAAUAUGCCCUCCACCAACGUCACUGGUCAGACGACAUCGGGUCAAAAUGGAUCUGAGGCCACUGCAGCCAACACUUCCAAUCUUCUCUACAUCGCCCUAUCGUUCGGAUUCUCCCUCGCUGUGAACGCGUGGAUCUUUUUCAGAGUAUCUGGAGGUCUGUUCAACCCGGCGGUCUCCCUCGGUAUGGCUCUGGUCGGCGCUCUCACUCCAUUCCGUGCUGCCCUUUUGACUUUUGCUCAAAUUCUCGGAGGUAUCACUGGAUCAGCUAUCAUUCAAGCCUUAACACCUGGCACGCUGAAUGUCCGAACUCAACUCGCCGACAGCGUUUCCGUCGCUCGAGGACUUUUCAUUGAAAUGUUCUUGACGUCUCUGCUCAUGAUCGCCAUCCUACUUCUCGCCGCAGAGAAGCACAAAGCGACAUUUAUCGCUCCUAUCGGAAUCGGUCUCGCCCUGUUCGUCGCUGAACUCUUUGGAGUCUACUACACCGGAGGUUCCCUAAACCCUGCUCGGUCGUUCGGUCCUUCCGUCGUCCUGCGGGACUUUGACAGUUAUUCCUGGAUCUACUGGCUCGGACCCGCUCUCGGAGCUACGAUCGCUGCUGGCUUCUACAAAAUGCUCAAAGUUCUCCAAUACGAGACUGUUCUAGGACCUGAGGACGGUGACAACAACGAGGAAGUCGCCGGUUUCCAGGACACUUCAGUGGAAACAGGCGACGAGAACGAGUCUAAUGACGCUCGAAGCGCUGAAGAGGGACGAAGUCGAGUCAUGUCUUCUGACACCGACCGUACUCUUGCUCACAAUUCGCUCGAUGGAAAAUUGUCUCCCCAUAGCUCUAACGACAGUACCACGAACAAUAAAAAGGGACCGAACGAGCCUCGUCGAAUGGAAGAACGAUUGGACAGGAUUGAAGAACUCUUGGCGCGACUCGUCGAAUCGCGCCCGUCACCUAACAGCACCCCUCAGGGUGGCCGUCGAGUCGCCUAGACGGCAGGCUUCUCCCCGGAUACUCACGUAUCUCGAUAUCAUCUUUUGGACUGGUUCUCUCUCGUAAACACGAUGGUUUCUCACCCCUAACGACUUCGUACAUGAUGAUCUCCCCCACAACAACUCGCGCCGCUAUCGGAUAGGCUUUUAGUCCUCGUCAUUCUAUUCAUUAUUGUAGCCACUAGUAACUCUGUUUCGAAUGCAUAUGUGUGAUCUUCGA